AUGUACGAUGGGGCGCGGGUGCCUUCCCCAGAGGACGGCACUAACGGCCUCCCCCAGCAACAGCCUACUGCAGCAGGAGGAGCACCAGCAGUGGUGAAGCCCAAGUCUGAGCAGGAGCCCCAGGGCGGGGAGGGGGACAUGGAGAUGGAGGAGGAGGGGGCCGGAGCCGAGGCGGGCACGCCGGUGACGGAGCCGCCGCUGGUGGUGAAGAAGGUGGCGCGGCGGGAGAUCCUGGACCACGAGCGCAAACGCCGCGUGGAGCUCAAGUGCAUGGAGCUGCAGGAGAUGAUGGAGGAGCAAGGGUACUCGGAGGAGGAGGUGAGGCAGAAGGUGGGCACCUUCCGACAGAUGCUGAUGGAGAAGGAGGGAGUCAUCACCAGGGAGGGCCAGCCACCGGUGGCUCUGCUCCCUCACAGUGACGAGGAGCACCUGGACCCCCAGGCCCUGGACCAGUGCCCCUGGCAGGGAGACUACUACGACGACGCAGACUACAGAAAGAGGAACUCGAGUAGCUCCCCGUCACCCAGACCAAAGAAGAGGAAGAAGAAGAAAUCGGGGAGGAAGAGAAGCCGCGAGAAGAGGAAAAAGAGCAGCAGGAAGCACAAAAGAGACAGGUCUGCGUCCGGCUCCAGGAGAAAGAGAAGGCACAGGUCUGGAAGCCCAAAGAACAAACACAAAGACAAGAGCAAACAAAGAAAGAGGUCACCAGCCGACUCCCCCAGCAGGAGGUCCCACAGGAGGGGCAGCUGCAGCUCCCGCAGUGCCUCCCUCUCCUCCGCAGGCAGCCUCUCCAAGUCCCCCUCCAGACUGGUUGUGAAGCCGCGUCCUGAGGGCCACCGGUCCAGUCGCAGCCCCACCCCUUCCAUCGCCGCCGAGAACCCCACCACCUGGCAGAAUGGCCACCACAGCAGCGAACACGCCCGCAACGGCAAGGAGCACGCAGCCCACAACCACCUGGAUGCAGACAAAGUGACAGAUAAGCUCAAAGCAUUGGCUGGCUGCUCGCCGAGCCUCCAGGCAUGCCCGUCAUCCUCAUCACCCCAGCUGAAGGAUGCCAAGGCCCCGGGAAGUGCUGUGGGUAAGAGUCCUGGAGGCCCACCCCACCAUCACCACCACCACCACCAUCAUCACCAUCACCAGGGGCCCAUGGCGGGAGACACGCCUCACGGGAACAACCAGCAGCAGCAGCAGCAACCACAGGGCUCGGCCAAGCCCUCCACGGGGUCGUCACGGAGACGCAGGGGUCGCCACCGGACACACAGGAAGGCGUCCCAUUCGCCGGGACACAGCUCCGACUCCGCCCACUCCCAGCACAACAUGGCCGCCAAAGCCAAGAGCUCCCACCCAAAAAAAACAAAAGGGGCUCAUUCGUCCAGGCGGCAGCACCGCGAACGUGCCCACCGCAGCUCGUCGCCAUCUCCAUCUCGGCACCGCAACGCAUCGGGCCGCAAGAAGAGCAAGUCAGGAAGCAGCAUGCGGCAGCGCAGCAGCUCCUGGAGUAGCCGGCAUUCCUCCUCGCCCAGCGGCUCCCACGCCGCCAGCAAGGCAUCGCCACAUGCCCGACAGAACAACUCCAGGGACAGGGACAGUGCGCACCAUUCGGACGGUGAGCGAUCACGACGGCGUUCGCGGAGCUACUCCCCGAUCCGCAAGAGGAGGAGAGACUCCCCCAGCUUCAUGGAGGCGCGCAGGAUCACCAGCGCCCGUAAGCGGCCCAUCCCCUACUACCGCCCCAGCCCCUCCUCCUCCAGCUCGGGCAGCUCCCACAGCAGCUACAGCCGCAGCCGGAGCCGCAGCUACGACAGCUACAGCAGCUACAGUCGCAGCCGGAGCCGGACGCGCAGUCGCAGUCACAGCCGCAGCCGCAGUCGGAGCAGGAGCCACAGCAGGAGCCGCAGCCCCAGCCAGGCACACAGCUACUACAGCCGCAGCAGUUACGGCAGCCCCGGCUUCUGACCAGCAGCACCGCACGCAGAGGUGGAGGAGCAAGGGAUGAAGGGGGAAAGGCAGGAAGGAGAGGGACAACUAGAGAGAAAUAGGGAGUGGGAGAGCAAGAGAGGUGAAUGAGUGACAGAGAGAGCUGAGAGAAAGAGAGAGACAAAGGGAGAGAGACAAAUACAGAGUGGAAGAGCGAGGUGAGUGAGGGCUGAGACAGAGUGUGAGAGAAGAUGAAUCUUCUAAUCUUCUUCUAAAG